CCUGCGCAGCGCCGGCGCCCGCUAAGCCGCGCCUGCCCGCCCGGAGUGUCUGUGCAGCGACCGACCGCGCGGGAAGGAGCCCGGGACGCGCCUUCCUCCUCCUCUCCCCUCCUCCCUCUCCUCCUCCUACUGCCCGGCAGCGCCACUGACCCCCUCCUCCCCGCCCCGUGCCCCCGCUCCUCCCGCCGCCAGCGGCUCUAAGAUGCCCCGCUAUGAACUGGCUUUGAUCCUGAAAGCCAUGCAGAGGCUUAAUGUGCAGUGCUGGUGUUGGAAUGUAGCGCUUGUGUUAGGCUGGAACCCUCUGAUCCAGCCCAGCGUGGAGACAUAGUCUUGGAUUUAACCUUCACUUGUAACAAACACGUAGAUUUGCCGUGGAGCAGCGGGAGCUCACCAUCAUCCCCGUGUUUCUCUGGGAGUUCUGGGAGCACGUCUGGAUGUGCCGCAUGCACUAGUACAUUUCCAUUCAUUUUACAUGGACCAGCCACAUGUCAGCGUUGGCUUGGCUUUUUUUUUUUUUCCCUUUUUUUUUUUUUUUUUUUUUUUUCUUUACCCCGUGGUUUAACUGCAGAAGCCGUAGUAGAAACAUCUCACCUGAGUCCUCUAGUGGAGAAACCCGGCAGCAAUUUCAAACGCGGGUGACAUUGCUGCACCACCUCAGAGCAGCCUUCACUCCGGAAAAAAAAAAAAAACACGCUGCUUUUUGGCUUGGCUGUCGACAUGUAAUUUUCUCUUCCCUAUUUUUUUUCUUUUUUUUUUUCCUUCCCCAUCACUGGAUAAGCCAGAGAUGCUUUUAUAGCCGUGCCGCUCGUGUGGGAGAUGCUUUAAGCCGUGCAGGCACUCGAAAUGCGGGGCAGAAAGCAAGCGUAGCAAAUCUGACAUAAUACUGAGGCAGGAAUAAACUGACUUCUCUGGAAGGAUGCCGUGGAGUGCUCUCUGCUGGAAAGGACCUUUGGCUUCCAGGAUCUGGGCACGGAGAUGCAGGAUGGGCUUUUAGCUCUAAGAUGCUUCUAAUGGGCAUCGAUGCGCUCGGGAUUUAACAUCUGCAACCUUUGCCUCUUUGAAGUUUGACUCUCCAGCAUGUUCUUUCCACAUAGAUGCACCUUCAGAUUUUUUUUAAUUUUUUUUUUUUUUUUUUUUAGCUCUGGGAUGUGUUAAAACCUUGAAGUUUGGGUUUCAGGUGUGCUGUUUUUAACCUACCCUUGGUAUGAGUAGUGGAGUCUGUCUCUAGGUGCUGCUAUUUUUGUGCUGUUGACAGCACACCAGAUCUGGGUGAUUUUUUUUUUUUUUUUUGGUGUGUGUGUUCCAGUACUUUGCUGCUCCUGCCUUUCUUGUGGCAUGAGAACGCUUGGAAAAACAUUUCUCUAGUGGUUUUGUGCCACAUGGUGCUGCUGAAUCCUGGCAGGGGGGUUGCUCUAAUGGUCCCUCUGAUCCUGACUGUAAUACUAACUUAAAGUAGUCAAAACAGGGGGCUAUUAAAGCAGUCUGAAAUAGUGGAUUGACUACAGAAUUCCCACUGUAAAAGUUGGAGGGGUCAUACACAAUCCUGAAUAAUACAUUGCUUUUUCACCCCUUCCUGGUGGAGCACCCGGGCAGGUGUUCCCUGUUCUGCUGCUACUUCAGUCUGAGCAAGUGCUGGCUCUUCUCUUGGUGUCUGUGAUGUCCUUCCUCACCUGUGACAGCUCCCCUGCCUCCCAAAAAACCAGCAGACCUUUGCCACUGGGCUUUCCUGGCUUGGCCUUAACUGCUCUGAGCUCCUCGGGUGCAAACCUCAGCCUUCCAGACCUUCCUGCCUCUUUGCCGUGGCACAUUCGGGGCUUCUCUGGGGUUUUCCCCACCCACAGCUGUUUGUUUGGUUUUUUUUUUAAUAGUUGCCUUGGUAUUCUCGUAGAUCUGGGCAGAAUAAAUCCCUUUUUAUUGCUUUAAACCCUUUUGCUGACCAGCACAACCCCUCGGUCCUGCCUGAUGCUCCUGUGUCUCCUCACGUCUUGACUCCUCAAAGCCUCUUUAUUUGCCUUAAAAACGCAACACUUUGGGCUUGGUGGGGGGACAGGAGGGGAAAACUUUCAGUUUGCAGCUCUGUCACUGGUUGUCCUUUCCACAAACCCCCCUGACUUUGUGCUGAGCUGAGGGCUGAGCAGCCCUUCUCUGCCCUGGUUGGAGAGGUGACAGACUUGAAGUAGAAGCAACAUGUUUGUAAAUAUUGGAAUCUUUCAUCACCAUCAGUUUCCCCUCUUGGGAAAACAAUAAUAAGGAAGCCUAAAAGCGCCCCCGAAAUAAAUAAAUAAACAACCCCGGUACUCUGUGGUAGCCCCGGAGUUGAAGAGGGAGGGACUUGGUUUGUGUGUGAGAGGAUCUGGAGGAGAUGCUUUGGGAAAAGGAGGCUUUGAAGUCAGUGAAGUGACAGGAGCUUGGGCUGGAAAUGGUGAAUUUUCCCCACGUGUGUUGCUUUCUCCACUUGAAUGUUCAGAUAGCCAAUAACAAGGUGAGCUGGGGGGGUUGAGGGCAGGUUUUACUCCUGUUUUCUGCUGUUAUCAGUCACAGGGUCACAGAAUGUGCCGAGCUGGAAGGGACCCCAGGGAUCACUGAGCCCUUGUGGGUGGUGUCUGCAAACAGCACCUUCCCUGCCCCCAGGAGCCUGAGCCAAAGCAGUGGUGGGGAAGACACAGCUGAACUUCCCUGUUCAUCCCAGAAGAUGAGUUUCCAGUUGUUCCUGAUUUUCUCCCAGCAGUUGUCUCUGGCAGAGCAGGACCCUCAGCAGGGAAGGGCAGUGACCCACUGGUGAAUGAGCAGUUGCUGGAGAGAGCAGAGUUCUUCAGAGUUCUUUUCCUUCCUCCUGAAACUCCUUUGAGAGCCCAGGGAAGGAAGCUGGGGGGGAAAGGGAAGGAAGGAAGAGCUGGAAAUGGCUCCCUGUUGCUCUGGAGCUGUUUUCCUGAGUGACUGCAGGGCAGCAAUGCCAGACCCUCCACGGGAAUUGGGAAUCCUGGGACCCCAGGACAGGCCCAGCAUGGGGGAUGUGCCCAUCUCUGCCAAGCUGGGAAUCCCAGAAUCCCAGCUUAGGUUGCAAAAACUCCUAAAGAUGGUCAAGUCCAACCUUUGAUGACCACCUUGUCAACCAGAGCAGAGCCCAGGGACACCCCUCUUCAAAUCAGCUUUGGAACUGGAACUGAACUGAAUGGACAGUUGGGAAAUAGUUCCUAUUUCAGAGCAUUUCACUGAAAGGGAGGAAGCUAAUCAAUAUUUUAUUAGCACUGUUAUAUCUAUACAUUACAUCACUUCACCUGGAGCAAAGGAUAAAAGCAUAAUGUGGUAUAUAAUCUAAAACCUAAUUAAAUUACCUUAUUUCUGCAAAUACCUGGACUGGGAGACACAUCCACCCACCUCUGCAAUUCCAGAAUGGGUUGGGUUGGAAGGCACCUUAAAGCCCAUCUCGUUCCAAGCCCUGUCCAGCCUGGCCUUGGACACCCCCAGGUAACACAAAUGAACAAUAAUCUCAUUUUCACGGGCCUGUUCACCCAGCAGAACUUGCCUUCAGCAUCUGUUUGUUGCCUUUGGAGUGGGUUGCCACGUCUCAGAAAUUCCCUACCUGGAGAUUGGCAGCUAUUUCAGGAAAGCCAAAGUAACUGGGCACUGGUGUUGCUUGACAUCUUGACUGUUACACUUAAUUGCUGUGUGGGCAGCAGCAGCAGCAGUUGGGCUUUUGAUGUCUUAGUUGGCAGGAGGGAGGGGGGAGAAGGAAGCAGGAAGAUGCUGGGUUUGUUUUCUUUCCUUUCUGGUGAACCCACCUGUUGUUCCAGUGGAAUUUUGCCCGCCCCCCUUCCCUGCUGAGCAGGUUAAAAUUACACAAAAGUUUUCCUCUAAUUCCACGGACAUUUUUAGAGGCUCUUCACUGACAGGGAAGGAUCCAGUGGUGCUGGAAGGAAGACCAAAGGCUUGGGACUGAAAGACAAGCCUGGAAAACCACAAGAUGCGGUGCUGACUGCCUCUGGAGGAGGCAGCUUUUUGUUGUCAGCCUUAAGCAUUCCAUAGGAAAACCUGGAAUUUGGGUGGUGUGAGGCAGACAGCACUUGAGAACCAUCCCCUCCUGCCUGAUGUUUGCCAUUGUCAGUCUUGAAACGGGACCAUGUUCAAGCCUGAGGUUUUUGCCAGGUGUGGGAGACGUGCCUGACGUGGGCACGGGAGGAGGUGGAGGAUUAAUCUCUUCUACAGAAUAGUUUAAGCCUGGUUUAAGUUUAAGCCUGGUUUGAGUUUACAGCAGAGGCUUUUUCUCGAGGUGAGUUUGGAAAGUGGGCCAAGCUGAGUUUCUGGCCAGAAUAAGGGACUCAGGAGCCUCUUGGUUUGCAGCCUGCGGUGUGAGGGUGUAAAAGAGGAUUCCUUGCUUCCCUCUGCCACUCACAGGAGUGCUGGAUCUGGCAGGAUUCAGGGGGAAUACAGUCCCUCUCCAGGGGCCAGGAAUGGUGGGGUUUGGGAUGCAGCUUCUCCUUGCCCUGUUACCUCAGCAGUGUGCUUUUCCUCGUGGGCUGUGUGUCCUUCCUGGAGUGCUGGCUGUGUCUGUGUGUGCCUGUGGAUUUGGUGUGUGUGUGUGAACAGGGAGAUGCUCAGAAACUUCAGGUUGUCUGUCCUUGAACUCCUGAAAAAGCAGAGUUGUGCUGAAAUACCAUUACUGCUCUCCAUUGUUGUAAAACCUCUCCAAAGUGACUGACUCCUCUUAAAAAAACCCUAUUACACCACUAAGAAUAAGUUGUUAAUUCAGCUUAUGUGUGUGUGUGUUUCUUUUUUCCAAUCUUUCAUACCUGUUUUGUAACGAGGGAAGUUCUUGCUCUCUUUGCACAUCCUGAUUCCUGCAGUUCCCCCGUUCCAGAGCUGUAACACUGGCGAUUUCCACCCCAGAAUUGCUUCUUUCUGGUGCUGGAAAUGAGAUCCUGAAGAAAACUCAGCACCUCUGGCAGGAGAAGGGCAGGAAAGAAGUAGAUGGUGUAAAGGAAGGCUCAGGAACUGCUUGGGAACUGUUGUUCUGCUAGUUUUUAAUCCUGGUUUGUCCACUUCCCAAGCCACUCCUUGUGUUCAGUGAUGCAAAUGUCUAAGGAAUAACAGUUAAAAAUCAAGGUACAUGUGGAGUGUGGACACAGGAGGGGAGUGUGCUCAGUGGGGUUGAUGUGCUUGAGAUCUGUAGAAAAAUAAAUCAGUGUUUGGUGGCUUUUAACACAGAUCAUUCCAAAGCCUGAUGUAGAAUAGCACUAACUGUUUUGUAGCCAACAUAACUUCAUUUAACCCUUGUUUUGCUGCCUUAAGAUCCCCAAGAAGGAUCAGAGGCGUUGCAAGAGGAAGCUUGGAGGGCCUCAGACUUCAGUUCUGGGAGUAUGAAUUCCCCCUGAACUUCUGUCUCACCUUUCAAUAAAACUUGGGAUGCUUGAUCUUCUUGGGAAGGGUUGUGGGCAGCCAUAAAUGUGGGGGGAACUUGGGCAAGUCCUAAAUGAUGAGCCUGGGUUUAUUUUUUCGUUCUUCCUAGGAUUUUACCCAGUGGCAGUGGCACCGCUUCUUUCUCGUUCCCCAGGUCAAUUCUGAAGCCCAGAUUCUCUUAAAUUAGGAUAAAAUCCCAUUUUUUUUGCUAGGGUUGUGGCAGUUACUGGUGAAUGGUGAUAUCCACCAGCUGAAUGGCAGCUCUGAGCUGCAACCUGACUGAAAUCACAGCUCUGAGCUGAAGGGAAGGGGCACCUUCAGGAGUGGCAGAGAUUUCCCAGCGCUUCCUGAUACGUGCUUUUAGUAAGGUGAUUAUUAAAGGUUUGUCUUCUACAUCCAGAGAACCAAAGUGGUCCCAGAUCCACUCCAUAAAUCGAAUUCUUGUAGGUUUAGGCCUGUUUUGCCCAUUCUCUUGCUGUUGCUCUUGUGACCAGGUCACUCAUCAAAUGAAUUCAUGCCCGUGGCAGUGACAGAGUUUGUGUUUGUGAACUCCAGGUUGCCAGAAGGAGGAAUUGGAGUCUUUGGGCUCAGUGUCCCUCUGCACCUUCCAGCUGAGUGUGCCCUCACAUGCUGACCUGGCAGGGAAAACCCUGGGUGGUGCUGCCUGAUCCCACACAAUCUUCUAUUUUUUGCCACCCCCUGGAGGAGAAACCCCUUCCCACUUCCCUCUAAAAUGUCUUGCUGGCCCUCUUGUGCCCUUCAGUGCCUGCUUCGUUCCCUCUGCCCUCUCUUGCCCUCAGUUCCUGUGUGGAAGGUCCAGCUUAAGCUGCUGAGUGGUCUUGAGACCCGAGUAAGACCCUACCUUGUGUCUGCAUGGAGAGGACAGUCCUUCCUUCUGGUACCUCUGCAUUUUAACAGAUAAAAAGGCACUUUUUAUCUCCUUUCUUCUGUCCCCAACUUUCCCCCCUUCCCUUUUAGGUGUUUGGACUUUUGGGAGGAGCAGUGGAAGUCAGUCAGUCCUGUCAGAGUGCUGGGGACUGACUCAUGGCCAAGGAAACCCUCCCCUGGGAAUGCCACAGGGGCAGCUUUGGGGCACUGCUGGUGUUCAGGGUUUGGAAAACAACCCACCUUCCUUCCUCCUGUCUGGCACUUCAGCAGGACUGUGGCUUCUCUUGUGUUUGUGGAGCGUUGAAGCAUCUUUUUUCUGCCUCCUUAAUUUGGGACACUAAAUAAGUGUAUGUGCUUGGGAUAGGUGGUAAAAUGGUUAAAAAAACCCCAAAAUGACAGUUAAAUUGAUCUCCUGCUCUACAGUGUCAGUCCCAGUGCCCUUCAGCCUCUGUUGGCCUCACCUCACUGCAGCUGCUCCUUCUGCAACCAUCCCCUGUCCAGGACAUUCCUGACUGGCAGAUGCAGGGCAGUUCCCUGUUCCCUUUGCCCUGGGGUUACUUAUUUCUCUCCUGUCUCCCUCAGCAGUUCUUUAGAAAAAAGAUUGGAAGAGAACUGAUGGUGGCAAAAGCUGCUUUUUCUGGGGCUGCACUGAAAUGGGGACCAGAACUGGAGCGAUUGCUGAACCCCCAGCCAAAAAAUCCAAGUUCCUGAGGUGUUUGUGACAACUCCUGUGAGUGAGUGACCUGGACCUGCCCCUCUCAUUGCCCUGGGGUGGCAGUGGGGUUGUGGAGUUGUGUCUGUGGCUCCUGUGUCCUCCACAUGUGAACAUUCUCCUCUCCUCCUGCAGCCUGUGGAGCUGCUGGAAAUGCCAGCCCAGACCUUGCCUGGGGUUAUUAAUGAGGUGUUGCAGCUCAGCCUCUGCCUCCCAGCUCUGCUGCUUCCCACCACGUCCCCUGCGAGUCCCAGGUGGGAUUCCUGCCCCAGCUCCUGCUUUGCAAGGGACAGUCCUCAAACUGCUGCCCUGGAUGUUGAGGGGUUUGUUUGGCAGCUGCCAAGGAUGGUCCCUGCUCUCUCAAGGGCAUGGACUACAUAAGUUGUUAUGGAUCAGUCACUCCACAAAGAGCUUUUGUGCUCCCCUUUUUUUUUUUUUUCUCUUUUAGAGAUUUUUCCUCCUUUUUUAUUUUUUAAUUUGUCCUCAGAUUUAUUUUUUUUUUCUGGGGGUACCUCAGGCAGCCCUGUGGAGAAGGUGGAGAGGGAAAAUGUUCCCAUGAGGACUAUUUUGAAGUGUGUGAACCAAGUCAAAUAUCUGAAUUUGCUCAGUGACAGCACUGGACACUGCUGGGUGAUAUGUGGGCACCUGCAUCCUCAGAUUAACCCCUAAAACGUUGGGACUGAUGAAGGAAAAAGGGAAGACCUGAGAAACUUCCCAUCUCACGAGAAGACAACUGAGCUGAGAACAAAUAGUUGCUUUAGGGCUGGAGCAGUUUGAUCCUGACAUGUUUUAAACCCCUGUUUUAUUAGAAAAGCACUGUGGAGAAAGUUUUCCUUUGAAACCAUCCUACAAAUUUCUCCUCAAAAUCCCACCCUGGGUCUGCUUCACAUUAUCUGAUGCCUCUCCGGGGAAUUGCUUGGGAGUUGGUUUUGGGGUUUAUUUUGCCUCAAAGAAGAGGAGAAACAUGUGAAUUGUUGCCCAGAGCUGCAGCCUCUAUCUCCAGACGAGAGGAAAGCACAUUGUUUUGUGCCUUUGAUAUGAUCCAGCCAGAAAACAGCCUUAGGGGGAAAAAAAAAAAUCUUCCCAGUCCUUGGCAGCAGAGCUGUCUUUCUGUCUCUCUUUUUUUAUCCCUGUCAGUGCCACAAUGUUCAGUGUUCUAAUAACUGCAGAUUAAACUCACAUGGGGCAUCUCCAAAGUCCUUUGUAAAGAGUCGAGGUCAAAACUUGCUGAAAAGUUCAGAGGGACGAGUCUCAUUUUCCUAAUGAACCAAAAAAAAAAAAAAAAAAAGAAAUUCCAGGGUUAUUUUAGAAUUAGGUCUAAGAAACUGGUACAAGAAGCUACUUUAGGGCUGUAAUUUCGUGGCAGUGCAGCCCAUUUGUAGCAUCUGCUGGAAACUCUGCACCUUUCUGGGCUGAACCCUGCGGAAUUCGGGUCACCGAGGUGAGGGGGGUCUGGGUGGGCUGGCUGGGCCUUCCCCUGGGAAAUGCUCAGGGAAGGUCCCAGGUGGUUCCUUUUGCUCAGGACUGAGCCCCUUGUGGUUGGGGAAGCGUCUUUAUUGAGGGAUGUCACCAUUUCUUGUCAAUUCUUACUCUUUCUUUACCUUGCUAUUCUUCCAAUUUAUAGUAGUUUUUAUCGUGUCUGAGUAAAAUCUCUUCUUCCCCUGUGCUUAAAUAUUUAUAGUUUUGGUCUAAACAUAACGUAGUUGAAAAUUUAGCCGAAUACAGUGAAAGACACAACACUUCUAAGUGCUUCCAGCCAAGAAUAGGACACCAGGCUCGGGUCUGGUUGCGUCAUCUGAUGUGAAGUGUUUAUAAUUUGGGGUUGGAUUAAGCUAAUAGAGCACUUAACUACUGGACUUGCGGGUGGGGAGAACUGGGAAUUCUUCUAUGGAAGAAUUUAAAAUACAUCUGGGGUUUGAGGCUUAGGAGGAAUGAUAAAUUUAGCUCGCUGCUGUGACCAGUCCGUUUUGUGCCACGUCUCCAUAUUCCCUCUUUAUUGGCUGUAACUCCAGGAAUAUCCCUAUUCCUGUGGGUUUGUGGUGGGGACCCUUAUUAUAUUUUCAUUAUAUUUUCAUUAUAUAUUCUUAUAUUUAUAUUAAAUAUUUUAUUAUCUUAGUAUAUAUUUUAAUAUAGUAAAAUAGAUUACCAUAUAUCAAAACUUUAUUUCAGCAUAUAUUUUAUUUAAUAUAUUGUUAUAUAUUGUUACAUACUUUAUUAUAUAUGAUACAUUUUCAUUAAAUGUUUUAUUAAAUAUUUUUAAAAUACAUAUUUCUAAAGCAUAUAUUUGUUACUAUAUAUCUUUUUUGAUUCUGGAGUCCUCUUGAAAACCAGCCAGAUCAUACCAAUAACACGACUGUGAAUUUCUCCUUAAGGUUGAAAUUGUGGUUUUCUGGCAUCUGCUGUUAAAAUACAUGAGAAAUGCACAUUUUCCCAUCAGCACCAUCGAUUCAUUCAACACAAAGGGGCAAGGUGUGCGUUUUCCACCUUAACUAUCUUGGAGUUUGUAGUGGUUUUAUUUACUCUUCAAACACAAGGGAUGCUAAACAAGAAAGCAGCCAAAUAUUGGAAUAUGUUAUCUGGCUGUUUGUAUUAAUCAUUAAUUAACAGGGACACAGAGUUUCAGCCCAGAGCAGUCCUACCAGUGGAGCGGAAGGGAGAGCACCUGGAGACUUGUGGGACUGGUGGAUCUUGUGGUUAGGAAUAAUACCCAGGGAUUUUGGGGGUUUUUUGUGUGUACAUUCUGUUUACCAAUGGGUGGGGAAGAGGAAUGGACUUUGACCCUGUUCCUUGUUCUCUGCAGGGUUUACUCCUGCAGGUCUCUACUCAGGGUUUGUUGUUCUGAUCUUCAGACUAAGCCUGAUCUGUGCUUUGGUGUCCCCUUCCCUUUCCCUGGUGUAGGAAAUGGAAGGAUCCCAUAUCCAGCCCUCCCCAAACCCAUCAGAGGGGUUUGGCUUGGGAAAUGAGGCCCUGGCACAGGUUGGGCAGAGAAGCUGUGGCUGCCCCUGGAUGCCUGGAAGUGUCCAAGGCCAGGCUGGAGCAACCUGGGCUAGUGGAAGGUGUUGGGCUGGAACUGGAUGGUCUUUAAGAUCCCUUCCAACCCAAACCAUUCCAUGAUUCUGUGAUACCUCCCAAGGCACAAACAGGAGAUGGGAACACCCCAUCUCCAGGACAGAGGUUGGAGCCAGCGUGUCCUUCAGUGCCCCUUCCUCUCCCACCUGUCCAGCCCUGCCAGCACGUCUUUAUUGUCCCCUCCACUUCCAGCUCUUCAGUCCCGCUUGCCUCAAUGGAUUUUGUUCCUGACAUUCUUUGGGAUAAUGUCAGGGGGGAUUUGGGUCCCAGGAAGAGAGGAACAGGGGAUGCCUUGCCUCCACACCUUCUCCCUGUGACGGUGGUGAACCUCUCCGUGGUUGGAUGCAGACGGAUGCUGGGGACAUCCAACUGCUACCAAAAUCCAUCCAGUGUGUUCCCUCCCGUGCCUGGGGUGCUCCCAGAAAAUCCAAAGCCACAGUCCCAACAGAACUACCUAAAGUGGGAUGUCAGGCAGAGUUUGGCUUCUGCCACUUGCUUGAACGGGACUUUUCCUUCCCUUGAAUCCCAUGGGACACGUAGGAAGAAGUUUCCAAGUCAAAUGUAACCCUGUGAUUAUCUGUACCCCAAAACUCACCUCAAACCUGUGGAACAACCUCGAUUCUCCAGCUGAUUUUAAAUUUCUGUUGUUUUUUGACAGUGUUCUGACUUCACUUUGAUUUUUUUAUAAUUUUUUUUUUUUUUUAGCUCUAGCAGCCAGUGCAUCCAUGUGUUGCCAGGAUCUUGUCAGGAUUUGUGGGAUGCAGUGCUAGAGCCAUACAGGGAAUGACUGGCCAGGGUUGGUACAGUAGGCCUCACUAAACUUAGCUGCAACUAAGAAUUUCUCCUACAUCAACUGAGUUAAGGCUGAUGCUCUUGUGGAAUGUGGAUUAAAAGUGCGUGCUAAGUUCCAAAUUCCCAGUUGAGAAGCGGAGAAAGUAAAUGUACCACUGCCACCAGCAUCAGGACAGCAAACCAAGGGACAAAGAAUUUGAGCCGCAGUGUUGAUAUUUGGUUAACUGGUUCACGUGUUGCUUAAGAGACGUUGGCUGGGGGGCGAGAAGUGGACGCCAGCCGGUUACAAACAUGAGGGCUGCUCUGGAGACAGCAGACAUUGCCAUUGUGGCCCUGUACUUCGUGCUGGUCAUGUGCAUAGGGUUCUUUGCCAUGUGGAAGUACAAUCGGAGCACCGUGAGUGGCUACUUUUUGGCAGGGCGUUCUAUGACCUGGGUAGCGAUCGGUGCCUCUUUGUUUGUGAGCAAUAUUGGAAGUGAACAUUUCAUUGGGCUCGCAGGAUCUGGAGCGGCGAGCGGAUUUGCCGUGGGCGCGUGGGAGUUCAACGCCUUAAUGCUUUUGCAGCUUUUGGGAUGGGUCUUCGUCCCCGUCUACAUCCGGUCGGGAGUGUACACCAUGCCCGAAUACUUGUCCAAGCGUUUCGGAGGGCAUAGGAUUCAAAUCUAUUUUGCAGCGUUGUCUCUAAUUCUUUAUAUCUUCACCAAGCUCUCGGUUGACUUGUAUUCGGGGGCGCUUUUUAUCCAAGAGUCGCUAGGUUGGAACCUCUACCUGUCGGUUAUCCUGCUCAUCGGAAUGACCGCGCUCCUGACCGUGACCGGAGGGCUGGUGGCCGUCAUCUACACAGACACCCUUCAGGCCCUGCUUAUGAUCAUCGGUGCCCUCACGCUCAUGAUCAUAAGCAUCACGGAGGUCGGUGGGUUUGAAGAAGUGAAGAGGAGGUACAUGCUGGCGGCACCGAACAUCACGUCCAUCCUGCUGACCUACAACAUUUCCAACACCAACUCCUGCAACGUCGACCCGAAGCCCGACGCUCUCAAAAUGCUGCGCGAGCCGACGGACGAAGACAUUCCCUGGCCCGGGUUCCUGCUGGGACAGACCCCGGCAUCCGUCUGGUACUGGUGCGCCGACCAGGUCAUCGUGCAGAGGGUGUUGGCCGCCAAGAACAUCGCCCACGCCAAAGGCUCCACCCUGAUGGCGGGGUUCCUGAAGCUGCUGCCCAUGUUCAUUAUCGUCGUCCCGGGGAUGAUUUCCCGCAUCCUGUUCGCGGACGACAUCGCCUGCAUCAACCCCGAGCACUGCUUCCAGGUGUGCGGGAGCAGGGCCGGCUGCUCCAACAUCGCCUACCCGCGCCUGGUGAUGAAGCUGGUGCCGGUGGGGCUGCGGGGCCUCAUGAUGGCCGUGAUGAUCGCCGCGCUCAUGAGCGACCUGGACUCCAUCUUCAACAGCGCCAGCACCAUCUUCACGCUCGACGUCUACAAGCUCAUCCGGAAGAGCGCCACGUCCCGGGAGCUCAUGAUCGUGGGGAGGGUCUUCGUGGCGUUCAUGGUGGUGAUCAGCAUCGCCUGGGUGCCCAUCAUCGUGGAGAUGCAGGGCGGGCAGAUGUACCUGUACAUCCAGGAGGUCGCGGACUACCUGACCCCGCCGGUGGCCGCUCUGUUCCUCAUGGGGAUCUUUUGGAAGCGCUGCAACGAGCAGGGGGCUUUCUACGGCGGCAUGGCCGGCUUCGUGCUCGGCGCCAUCCGCUUGAUACUGGCCUUUAUUUACCGCGCUCCGGAGUGCGACCAGCCCGACACGAGGCCGGCCUUCAUCAAAAACAUCCACUACAUGUACGUGGCCACGGCCCUGUUCUGGAUCACCGGCAUCGUGACCUUCGUGGUCAGUCUCCUCACCCCUCCGCCCACCAAGGAGCAGGUCCGGACCACCACCUUCUGGGCCGUGAAGAACCGGAGCGUGCAGGAGACGGCGGCCAAGGGGGAGCUGUACAAGGCGCAGGAGAAGAGCAUCCUCAAGUGCAACGAGAACGCCAACCACAUCAUCCCCAACGGCAAGUCCGAGGAGAACCUGAAGAACCUCAAGCCGGAGGACAUCAACCUGCUGGUGACCUGCCGAGACGACAGCAACCCGGUGAUCUCGGUGAGCCACUCCGAGGUCGAGACGCCGGUGGAUUGUUACUCCAACGGCCAGGCGGCUUUGAUGGGGGAGAAGAAGCACGAGGAGGAGACUGAGGACACGGAGAGACACUUGAAAUUCAUAGAUUGGUUCUGUGGCUUUAAAAGUAAAACCAUGACCAAGAGAGCUGUUCGGGAGGUCGAGGAAGAGACUGUUUGUUUACAAAUGCUGGAAGAGACUCCAAAAGUUAAACUAUUACUAAAUACUGGACUGGUCUGUGUGUGUUCGCUUGGAAUAUUCAUGUUUGUCUACUUCUCUUUGUGAGUGAAUAGUGAACUUUUAAGGGUAUGGCUGAACAUACAGAAGUUGAUACAGGUCUCUGGAGAUUGGUUUUAUUUUUCCUUUUCUUUUUUUUUUUUUUGAAUUUCAAACAACAUAACCACAACCCAGGCAUUGUUUACGCUAUAAUUGUAAGAUCAACUCAGCUUUAGCCUAUUUCCAGACCAUUGGAGACGUGUUUGUCCUCUCUCUGCUCAAAGCAGAACCUGUCCUGUGGUGGCUUUUUCUUUUUUAUUCCCUUUUGUGUCAUUUUUUUUUUGUUGCUGUUCCAUUUGCAGUACUAACCUUCUGUUUUUACGUGUAUAAAUAUACCAAAGGCAGGCAGGUGGCUGUGUUUGAAGUCAGGCAGUUCCAGCUCAGUCAGCAUUAAGAUAACGAGUAAUCAUUUACCAGUGUGGAAAAUCUAAAUGAUUAAAGCUGUGUCAAAAGGUUUUUAAAUGUAGAGCUGCGAUGCACAUCCUGUAAAAUAACUGUAUUACCUUGGCCAACUUAGCACUUCUUAAUUUUGCUCACUGCUUUCACUUGGGUUUAUUUUUAUUUUUUUUUUAAUUCAAUUUCUCAUUUCUCUUAUGGCAUCAACAGGGAGUUAUUUUGUCUCAUUUCAUAGCACUUAAAACAUGAUAGUUGUUAGUAGCUUUCUGUUUUUAUUUUUCUUUGUAAGAGAAGUUGUGUCUUUUGAUUUAAUUUUUUUUUAUCCACUGUAAAUUCCAGUACUGAAAAAUCGCUGUAUUUAAAAAAAAAAAAAAAAGGGAAAAAAGAAACAACAAACCAAAAAGAAAGCCUGGACAUGACAAACUGUCACUGGAGGAGAAGGAAAAACAAAUAGUAUUUACUUGGGUUUUGUAUUCAGCAGGGUGAGAAGGGAAAUCUGGAGAUCACCCAGUCCAUCGCUCUGCCCAGGCAGGGUCACCUGGAGCAGGAGACACAGGAACGUGUCCAGGUGGGGUUGGAAUGUCUCCACAGCCUCCCUGGGCAGCUGGUCCUGUGCUCUGCCACCUCCAUGGAAGGAUGUUCUUCCUCCUGUUGAGGUCAAACUGGGAUAUCUUCACCAAGAAGAUAAUUUCAGCCUCCUCAGUCUCUGACCCUUUAGGAGACAGGGUUAGGCUCUUUUUAGGGAAAAAAUCUGUUUGUAUGUUCUACCACUUGGGAAGAAAAGACACGUGAGGCUUUGUGUGCUGUCAGUUUGUUUUCCACACUGGGAAAGGACUGUUUUCCUCUGCUGUGAAUGAGUGGAAGGAGUCUGUCCCCAGCUGACGCUGCUGCAGAUGGAGUCUGAGGGGAGAAAAGAGGAAGGGGAAGUGGGGGAGAGAGGUGAAAGUGCUCCUUAUUUUCCAGAGCCCUCUUGCCUCAUGUUUUCUCCCAUUUCCCCUUUCCCCCUGUCAAGCCUCCUUUAUUUUUUGUGUGAGGAAUCACAGAAUGAUUGAGGUUGGAAAAGACCUCUGAGCUGGAAUCCAACCUGUGACCCAACACCACCUCAUCAACCUGACCAGAGCACUGAGUGCCACAUCCAAUCUCACCUUCAGCACCUCCAGGGGUGGUGAUUCCACCUCCCUGGGCAGCCCACUCCACUAUCUGAUGGCCUUUUCUGUGAAGAAAUUCCUCCUAAUCCUUCCAGCCUAAAGCUCCCUCCUCAGCACAGCUCCCGAGGGAUUCCGUGUCAGGAGAUAGGGAACGUGUGCCACCGCAAUCUGUGUCGGGAAUCGAGGUCUGCCCUCGUGAUUCUUCCAAAAAAGUUCACCUCUCCCAGGCAAUUAGUAGGUCUCCAGGUGCUGAGGAUCUUCCCUGCUGAAGGAUGAUGAGCAAUUCCCAGGUGUGCAGCACGUGGAGCUCAGCAGACCUGAAGGUAGCAGAGCUCGGUCCACAUCCCCCUCGGGCCUGUUUUUGGGUGCAGAGCUGACAGUUUGUGGCUGCCCUUCCAGUAUUAAUCCCCCUCACAACUCCAGGACACAGUGGUCAUAUCCAGGCUUUCCAUGGAAAUAAUUCCUCCAGUUGUCUUUGCUUCCGAGCUCGUUCAGGACUCGGGAGAGAACAAAACCGGCUGGGCCAAAAACGGUCUGAGGGACCAUCUGAGUGUUCGGCAGAAUCAGUUCCAGGGUCCAGCCACGUUUCCUUGGCACGUAAAUGGGAACCAGUUCCUAAGGAAUCAGUUUGUAGAGGUGACCUUUGGGUUAAUCCUGCCUUUGAGUGCCGUAACCCGUCCACACUGAGUAGAUCAUGGAUCUGUUUGCAGAUGAAAUGGUUCACUUCCAUUCUCGUGGCUGGUUUUUUUUUCCUCUUAGUUUUGGUGGUGUUUUUAUAUCGGCUGAGUCUCAUUCAUUCCGAAACUCUAAACAGAGGCUGAGAUGCCCCACUUGCCUCCACUUGGUUUAGUUGUUGCUGCUGGGAAGUCGACUGCUCUGAGGUGGAGAAGUUGGAAUGUUGUUGCAAUGUGUGUAGGAAGAGUCGCCACACCUGAUCUGGAUGUCGGUACCGGUGUGACAAAGCACAUCUUCUUACGAUUUUGUGUGGCUGGUUUCAUUCAGGAAAUUAUUUCAACUGCUUUUUAGUGGCAAAAAUUAAAAAGGGUGUGUGAAUUAAUGGCAUCUCAAGCCAACUUCAUUAGUGGGCCGAGUUGGGAAGGAUGAGAAGACGUACAAAAUACGUGGAUUUUUUUUAACCUAGCGGAUAAAUCAACGUCGGGCAACGUUCGAUCUCGUAGCGGGGACGAGAAACAACAUCUCGUGGAGGGCAAAGACAAUCUCAGUCCAACAAUCUCUUCUUGAAAAGGCCGGGAUGUGGCUUAAAAAAAAAACAAAACCAACCCACCUCCUCUGGCCCAGGGAAACAGCCUCGUGUGCCAGGCACUGUCCCUUAGGAACUUGGCGUGUCUGGAGGAGCGGCUGGUGCUGGUGGCUUUUCCAGGCCGCUCCUCUCCGCUCCCAGGAUUAACCAACGCUUUGCCACAACCUGCUGAGCCAGGUUUGCUCAGGGACCCUUUGGCUUGGCUGCCAUCGCCUCACCUGUGCUUGCUCUAUUUUUUUUUUCCCAGGGUGCCUUAAAAAAGGUUGGGGAGCGGAGGGCGCGGCUGUUGCGGCCGCCCGCGCGGAGGGCUUUGCUGCCGGUGGCUUUUCCCUGCUCCUUCCAGCUCCUCUUGGCCUUGCCCGGAUGAUUUGCUGUUUAAGGGGGUCGUUGAUUCCCAGGUGUCCCGUUCACUGGAACGGGGCGGGAGGGAGUCAAGCCCUUCACUGAUGGGAGAUGCUCCAUCUCCCAGCUCAAACAUUCCCGCUUCCCGAACGAACGAGUUGCCACAUUAAUCGCGGUCAGAAUUGGCAGGAAGCCUAUUUAUUACUUAAUAAAUUAAUAACUCUGCAUCCCCACCCCCUCCCUCCCCACAAUCUUUGGACCUGUUCUUGUGAAGAAGCUUUUAAGCGAAUUAUUUCUCCGGGGUUGUUUUUUUAUGGGUAGUUUGUUUUUGGUUUUGUUUUUUUUUCACAUUUAAAAAUGUGAUUUUAUUUCUGUUUUCGUGGCGUAGAGGUCGUAGAACUUGCUGAUGUUCUUUGCUGCAAAUAACCACUUAAUAAAAGGCCUUUAUUAUUAAAAAAAAAUAGAUAUAUUUAUAAGGCUUCAAGCAAGCUGCCUUUUGGUACCUCACCCUGUGUUAUGGACCUUGGGAGAAGUCGCUUGAGGAUUUUUUUAUAGCGUAAACAUGCCUUUGCUAGUCAUGGGAGGUGUUGAGGAAUUUGGGUUGAAACACCCAUUUUUUGGGGGGCUGGUAAAAUUCCAAAGUGUUUCCCAGAAUGGACAAUCAGUUCCAUAAAUUUCGUGGCCUCCUCCUCAUCCUCCUCUCUGGUGGGACUGGUUGGUGGUGCAGGAGGAGAUCCAGGAGGACACUUGCUUUUAUCGUGGUUUAUUUAUUGCCUUGAGCUGAGAAUGACAGGCUGGAAAAACUGAUUUUUUUUGGAAUGACAGCUUCUUUUUUCUUUUUUUUUUCUUGAUAUUUCCCUUAACUUAUUUUUCUUCUUUUAAGAUAUUUGAAUUUUCUCCCAGAAAUGGUCGAAGCCUUUUAUUUAAAAAAAAAAAAAAAUUAAAAAAAAUUUAAAAGAAAAAAAAAAAGGAAAGGGCUUCUUGAGAGCUUAAUAGUGAAUUUUGGGAGAUUGUUCUUAUUUAAGUUUUUUAAAUAACUGAUUUGAUGCUUUUCUCUGCCAAAGUUUAGGGGUGUUUUCCUUUGUUGUCGUUUUUUGUAAUUUUUCCUGGUAGCUUUUCCUAGAAGGAAAACAGUGGGAGACUGUAAGAAAUAAAAAAAAAAUGGCCUUCAGUAUAUAUUGUAUUGUGUAUUUUUACUUCUCUCCUGUGUUGCCUGAUCCCAGAAGGGCCAACAUGAGACUUCUGAUGAGGGACGAGCGCUGGGACUGAGGCGUGAGCUGAACUCCCUCUGGGUCCCAGUGCAGAGGGCAGAGCCACCCGAGGGGCUGAGAAGAUGCUUUCAACUUUAAAACAGCUUUAUUUUUUUUAUAUAUCUAUUUUUUUAAAUCCUAAGAUAGAGGAGGUGUUGGGAGGUGCUCCCUUUCAGAGAACAGGAUACAUGGAAGAAGCUGGAGCUGUGUGGAGCUCCAGCUUUUUUGAGGAAAUCUUUGGAUUUAGCAUGUACAGCAAAGCAGAAUUACUCAUCUGUUCAUUUGGUAUAUUCUGUAUGUUCUGUGCCCUUAAAUGUACUUGUUUUGAAAAGAAAAACUAACCUUGUCAUGUGAUGUUAAAAAGCAGAUUUCUGUGCAAUGUUUUCAUUUUUUUUUUUAAUAUAAAAAAAAAAAGGAAAAAAAAAAAAGAGAAAAUGUUUGUAUAUAAUUCAAUGGUUUAAUGUGCUUUAAUUGGCCUGAGGUAAAGAGUAGUCCUAGAAUGUAAACAUAUAUAAUUAGGAUUUCUGAUUUCACUGUGAGAUCUCUGAACUCUUGGUUGUUUUUUUGGAGUGUUUUGUUUUGUUUUUGUUUUGGCAAAGUGGUUUGUUUUGCUUACAAAACACUCGGAUUCCUUUUUUUUUUCUUCUUUUUUUUUUCUUUUUUUUUUUUUUUCUGGUGUUGGUUUAAAGGCUUCGCUUCUGUUCUGAUCUGGAACUCCCUGUCUGGUGACACCUGAUGACACUCGGCACUCUCGGCUCCCCUGUGUGACGUCACAGGCGGAGCAGAACCACUGAUCCAAUUCUCUGUGUCUCUGAAUUCCACGUUUCCAAAUGAGGUGGUGAUUAUAAACAAAUAGUUGCUGUGCAAAAUGUUUAGUAGUCUUCUUCGAGAAGAGAGCGAAAUUUUCUAAUCUCCCUCGAGCAGUCUCUUCAUUCAUCUUCUUCUUUUUCCGAGCACGGUGUCAGAGUGAUGCUGCUUUACCUUGUAGCUCUGAUAGAAUGUUGUUUUGUUUUUUUUUAAGGGAUCUGUGAAGUAGUUUUGGGUUUUAUUGCUGUUGGAUUUUUAUAUAAAAUAGCAGUUAAUGAACUGCCUUUUUUUUUCCCUGUGUUUUUUUUUUUGUGUUUUUGUGUUUUUGUGUUUUGGGUUUUUUUUGGUUUUUUUUUUUUAAUUAAACUCUUCAACUAAAAAUACAUUUCAGACCAAAACCAAAUGAUAUCAUAUAGCAUUUGAAACCUGCCUUUUUUCCUUGGCCCUUGUUUUAUUUGAAAUAAAGAAGCCAAAUGGGCAUGUAGAUAAAGAUCACUAUAAUGGAGCCAGGUCUCUUUUGGUAAAGUGUUAUUUAAAAGGUCUGUUAAGAUCUUAUAAGGCAAAUAUACUGAAAAACAAAAAAUUUACUGUAGUAGGAAUAUAGAUUUAGAAGUGUUAAUGAGAUUAAUACAGCUUAAUUAUAUUGUAAGUUGCUACUGUCCUUAAUGACAAGCUUUUUGUCAUAGAAACGAUGUAUGAUAAAUUAAUUUUGGUCUAGUGUAUAGAAUUCUCAUAUUGCUAUCAAUCUUUGAAGUAAAUCUGAUGCAAAAUUCUCCUAGUUAGCAUUGCUGGCCCUGUGUAUACUGUUCUUUGUAUCCUGUAUGCAUAUUAUUUUGCCUCCUGCAUUAGUCUUCAAACUAAAAAACUCUUAUUAGAGAGUAUUUGGAUACUUCAGACUGUGUUCUUGCAGUUUACAUUCCUUUACCAUGGCAUUUUUGUCCUGUCCAAAAGUAUUGUAUGGAAAUGUUUCAAACUUCUGUACAAAGUUUCAAUAAAAAUAGAGACAAAAACCAACCAAAAAA